ACCCGGCACUAAUUGCACCAGGUGUGCCUCUGAUUGUUGAGGUAAAAGGCUACAAGCAGCUGCAGCGCUGCUUUCUAAUGUAACCCCACAUCUUUGCGUACACACACGCGUACUUUCAAACUGUUUUUUGUUUUUGUUUUUUGCCUCACGUGCCUUAUGUUUUGCUCGCAUCCAUGCCACUGUGAGGGAAAAUGUAUUCGACGCUUAACUUCUCAACUUCUGACGACUCCAACUUGUCAGGUGUUGACCCUCAGAGACUGAAGGAGCUGACCCACCGGUCCGUCAAAGUAAGCAUAAUUAUCGUUUUGGGCGUGAUGAUCACUUUGGGAAAUAUUGCAGUUCUCCUGGUUAUUACUUCCUCCGUGGCUGGUUGGUCAAGAAACUCUCGGUACUUUCUCCUCUCUCUCACUGCAGCAGACUCGGCGUUUGGGCUGCUGCUCAUGCCCUUGAAUCUCUGGGUGAGUCUGCUAAAGGACUACACUGAAGGGCCAGAUGCUCUUUGUCAUGUCGUGGCUUUUUGCAAUUCCACAGUCUACUCCACCUGCAUGUAUUCGCUGGCCACAAUAAGCCUGGAGAGGUACAUAGCAGUCUUUUACCCGCUGCAAUAUUCAUCUUUAAUGACAAGAAAAAGGACACUGCUCCUGAUUGCCUUCGCCUGGUGCUUCCCUCCCUUUCUACUGUCGCCAAUAUCAUUUCCAGUUGGCAUUAUCGAGGUUCAUUUUUCUACUGCAUCCCUGGUCUGCAAUCCGUCCUACUCGACAAAUGUUGGAUACUCCCUAAGCCUGACAUGUUUGAUAUUUUUCCCCUGCUCCAUCAUCAUGACACACGCAAACCUGAGAGUGUGGUGCGCUGCCAAGAGACAGAGACUGAAACUGCGCAAAUACGACUGUGCGCGUCGCACCAGACAUAAUGUCGCAUCCAGAGUGCUUGUGCCUGUCAUGGCAGCCUACUACACUUGUUGGACACCCUGCAUGGCAGCUAUGAUCUACAAUGCAAUCUCGGGUAGCAGUGUACCAGAGUGGAUUGAGUUUGUGGUGGUAUGGCUGCCGACCUCCAAUGGUUUCCUCAACUGCAUCUUCUACUUCUGGAUAAACCGAAGCUUCCGCAGGAAAUUCCACCUUGUCCUCCAGAGGCUGGCUCUGGCCCUCUGCCCCAAACUGGCUGACACCCUGGGGUGCUGCAACACUUCAAAGUCACAGUUUGUAUCAGGAAUUCUGGAUAAUAACAACAGUGUCCAUGAGCGUUCUUCCAGUGUAUCCUCCACCUGCACCCUGUUGUCCUUGGCUUAGGAUGUCUGCACCUGAAGAGCACCACUGGCCUGGUAAGGGACGGGGUCAGUGACCUCUGUGCUGUCUUGUUUUGUUUGGCCGGGCUGGUCAACUGAAGCCAAGUUGUUGACAUAUCCGUACAUAAGGUAUGAAGCGUAAGAUGUUGAGUAAUGGGUCACAUGAGUUGCAAUGCAAACAGGUUGGUACUAAGACAGGCUAUGAUGGCAAGUAUUUGAAAUAACCACUGUAUAGUCUACAUCAUUGUAAUUUGAGUUAUAUUGAUUAUAUUUUUCUUAUUUAUAUAUUUUUUUUAUCAAUUUGCAGUCUAAAGAUGGUGUUCAGGUGAGUGGGACACUAAGUUUAUAACUGAUUUGGAUUUUUUUGUUUUACUCAUGCACACAGUCUUGCCAAGAUUUGAUUUAUUGUCAGAGACGGCCUCUUAAGCCACCUUUUUUAGUUGUUUUAUAGUAGCCACCAACCUUUUCUUGCAUAUUUAGACUUGUUGCCUCGAUCAACAUAUUUCACUUCAAACAUUUGAGGUAAGUCAAUUCACAAGAAACUGAUAUAUAGACUUCUAAUCAUAUGAGACAUUUGUAAACUAACAUCACUACCUGAUAACGAGCACUUUGAGGAUUGAGGCUAUCUACCUCUUCUUCAAUUUGAGCGGUGCGUCCAAGACCUUGGCAUAUAACAGCUGGGAGAAGUUAACCUUUAAGUCACGGCAUUUCAGUGUAUGCAAGGAGAAAAGUAAUUAUGCAGCAACACUAGAAAGGUCAACACAUUUGUGCCGUCAAGAGAUAACUUGGGUAACUUCUGAUGCUGCGCUUGUUUAUUUUGAGAUAUUAAGCCCAUGAUCUUUCUCUCCGUAUCUUCUUCUACAGUAUGAACUUGGCAUCGUAUCUUAAUAGAUUUAACUGCCACAAUAAGAGUUGAUUUAGAUUUAAAGUUAAUGAAGAGUAUCGCUUUCCAAAAUAAAUCAAAAGAAACAUUUUAUUCAAUUUAUUUUAGCCCUUUGUGGGUUGCUGCUUGGUGUCACCAUCAUUCAUGUUUGAGUAUAUGCAAAUGUAAGCCCUCUCUGUGAACUUGUAGAAAUGAUGUGUCUACUAAAUUAUGUGAAAACAAUGACGGACCUAAAUGUGACCUGUUCAUGUAUACAUUUUGUUUUUCUAAAUUCCUAAUUUUAUUUAAAAAACAAAACAUUCAAUAAUGUAUUGGUUUAUGGAUGAUCUGUGAAAUAAAGCAUUAUGCC